AUGAACGAGGAGCAGCUGCAGCCGACGAAAAGACACCACACAGAAUUGCACAGGAAACACACAGUGGCCAGUGAACACCGAUGUGUGCAAUGGGUUCCCCAGGUGGACGUGGUCAACGAUAGUCUGGACACAGCCUUACUGUCUGUUUAUAGUCAUUCAGGGCUGACGUUCCCUAGGACCAACGAAGUGUGCAUGCAAAAAGAAACCUUUAUACUGUGUUUGAAGAAACAAUUGAAUAAUAUUCGAUCAGAUCAUAAAGUGGAAAAGCUGUUCAGAAAUCAUCCACUGAAAAUGGGUGGACUGAUCGGUGAACGAAAAGAUAUCAAUAGUAUUAAACUUGGAUUAGUUGGCAGUCAUAUUUCACAAACUAACCAUGGAUAUUCAAGAAAAGAAGAUGGUACUUUUUACAAUUAUUAA